AAGAACAAAGCAUUAUUGAAUUCCAUCAACUUUUUUCAAUUCCAUUUCCAGUUCUUCCCCCAAACCUUCAUUGUCCUACAACCCAACCUUGGAAUAUUUUCAAAAAUACAAAAUCUCAGGGCAUCAAUUCAACACCCCUUUUCUUUCUUUCCCCUUUCCCUUUUAUUUUCUUUGCCCUUGUUUGAUAGUAUAAAAAUUAAAAAUCCCACCUUUUUUCAUCAACAAAAUUCCAAGAAUUGAUAGCACAUUUCCAACAUGAGUUCAUCAUCGUUUCUCACAUAAAAUCAACCCCACCUUGAAUUCACUCCAACCCAAUUCACACACACAAACAGUCACCAAGAAUCAACCAAAUUUAUUCAUUUCUUGCUCCUAACCACCACCAAGAUUUGAUCUUUCUUCAUCUUCAUCUUCUUAAAAUCAUGCCCUUCACAUAAAAAUCCCACCUUUGCCUUGUAUCAUCCCAAAAUUUCAAGAGGGCACUCUUCAAUCAACCCUCUUAAUCUUCAAUUGACACACAAACACACCCUAAAAAUCCAAACUUUCUUGAUUUCUUGGCCUUAAACACCUUAAAGAUUUGAUCUUUUUACCAAAAACACAAAUGGGUAUUUCUUGGAGUAACAAUAACAACAACAAUAGAAGAAGAAACACUCCAAAUUAUUAUCAAACCCCAUACCCAUCAUCUCAAUAUAUCUCCUCACCCUCUUCUUCAUCUUCUUCCUAUUGCUACCCUCUUGAUCCUUAUUCUGCGCCAUAUCCUUAUCCUGCGCACCCUCCACCACCACCACCGGCUACCCCAAUUUACUCAUCAUAUUACUCUUCUGGGGGUUACAAUGCUUGUAAUUACACAAGUCCUGUGAUGGGUAUGUCGAGUUUCGGGCCGUAUUAUAGUUAUGGUUACCAAGAUAAUGGUUGGGUUGGGAUACCGGCUGCUCCAAUGGCGGUGACUGCUGAGGCUGUUGCGGCUUUGCCACCGCCAGCAUAUGUUGAGCAUCAGGAGGCUAAGAAAGUCAAAAAUGAUGUCAAUGUGCAUAAAGAUACAAUAAGGCUUGUGAGGGAUGAGGCGUACCCGGAUCACCAUUUGGUGUCAUUUGUUUUUGAUGCAAUGUUUGAUGGCAGUAUUACCAUCUUCUACUUUGCAAAGGAAGAAGCUAAUUGUAAGAUUGUCCCAGUAUAUCCUGAAUCCUAUUUGCCGAUAAAAAUUCCCUUCCAGAAAGGACUUGGGCAGAGAUUUUUUCAGCCUUCAGGAACAGGCAUUAAUUUAGGCUACUUUAAGUUGGCUGAUCUUUCGAAACCAUGGCCUGCAGAGGAUGUUUAUCCACUUGUAAUUUGUGCCGAAACAUGUUUGCCAUCUUUUCCUAUGGAUAUAUAUUUUAGUGAUCAUUGUCCAAACACAUCAUCCCACCUACAAAUCACUCAAGCUGUGCUCGAGAAGAACAAUGGGGACCCUUUCAAAUUAAGAGUUAUUAAACAGAUUUUGUGGAUUGAUGAGGUUCGCUACGAACUGCGAGAAAUUUUUGGACUUGGAAACUCUGCGGAAUCUUUCAACGAUAAUGACUCGGGAAAAGAGUGUGUUGUUUGCAUGACGGAACCCCGUGAUACUGCUGUGCUUCCAUGCCGACACAUGUGCAUGUGCAGUGAAUGCUCAAAAGCAUUGAGGCUUCAAUCAAACAAGUGUCCGAUAUGCCGUCAACCCAUCGAGGAGCUCAUGGAGAUCAAGAUAUAUUAGUGAGAUCCUUAGCGUAAAGCUAAUUCUUUUGUAUAAUACAGUUUUCUUUUCCUGAGACGAUCCGUUAAUAUUAGUUAAUCAUAUAUACUCCCUACCCUUUCUUUCUACCACUCCCCAGUCCCCAUCCCCACCCUGGUUCCUGUUUAUUUAUACUGUUACACAUACAAGACCUCAACCUUGGUCUGUGGUUAUUAAGUUCACAAAUGAGUUUGCACAUCAUCUUUUCACUUGGUCUUGUACAAUUCUUGCUUCUAUAUAUAGGAACGGUUUUCUUUAGUCUCUA